UUGCUUUCUUAUAAAUUGUAAGAGCAUUUUACACACAGACAACAACCAUGGUCAACAAACAGUCAAGUCAUUGUGAUCUAAAGACAGAUAAGAAAACUCUCUUUAAAUCCAAAGUGUACAGGAUUCCUGCUCUUUUGUAUGAGAGACAAAGUGAAACUCUUCUAGCCUUUGCAGAGCAGAGGAAGACUUCAGAUGAUUCCGGCACAGAAAUGUUGGUCAUGAAAACAGGAAAGUUGAAGAAGGAGGAAAGCUCUGAUGUGAGAACGAUUGAGUGGUCAGAGCUCAAACUGGUGAAGGAGGCACAUAUUGAUGGGUACCGUCCUAUGAACCCCUGCCCGGUUUAUGAGAAAACCAGCAAAAUACUUUUCCUGUUUUUCAUCUGUGUUGAGGACGCAAUCACAGAGCAGUAUCAGAUAGAACACUCAGACAAUAGGACCCGUCUCUGCUACAUCAAGAGCCAGGAUCUCGGACAAAAUUGGAGUGAAGUGACUGAUUUGACUGACGAACUGGAUGAAAUCAAGAAAUGGGCCACAUUUGCUGUUGGGCCAGGCCAUGGUAUUCAAACAGAGAGUGGUAGAUUGAUUGUUCCAACUUAUGCUUAUAUCAAAUCUAAAAAGUAUGCUUCCUAUUCACUAUCCCUGUAUAGAGAUGAGUCUGAUAAAAAAUGGAAGUUUGGCAAAAUGCUUAAAGAUGAGUCACUUGAAUGUGAAAUAGCAGAGGUUUCUGAUGACACAGGCCUCAGUUACAUCUACUGUAAUGCCCGUGUUAAGGGAAGCUAUCGACUGGAAGCUCUUUCUAAUUAUGACGGAGAUAGUUUUAUCAACCUCCCGUGUGCUAAAAAGCUUGUGGAAACAGGUACAGGCUGUCAGGGAAGUGUGGUCUCCUUCCCAGCUCAAAGUGAAGCUGCACAUGCAGAUGGUAAUCCAAACCAGAAUCCAAACAAGUAUCUUCUCUUUACCCACCCAAGUCAUAAGGCCAAAAGGGUUAAGUUAGGAGUGUAUCUGAAUAAGUCUCCAAAAAACCCAAAUGCAUGGAGCAAACCCUGGAUCAUCAACAGUGGACCCAGUGGUUACUCAGACCUGGCUUACAUUGGUGAUGGUUUGUUUGCAUGUCUGAUGGAGUGUGGGGAGCAGAAAGAAACUGAGCAGAUAGCCGCUGUAGUUUUUAGCUACAAUGAAGUCAAGCAGGGCAUUGGAGAGUAAAAAUAAAUUGCUUUUAGAUGACAAGACAUAUGGGGGGUGCUAUAUAUUUAUUGUUAUUUUUGUCAACAAAAUCCCAGAUAAUAUCAAGAUAUCAUUUUGUAAACAUUGCACACUCCUAUAUGGCACCUUUCUCUGUAAUACAAACCAUAUAGGCUUUUUUUCUUCAUAUGAGACUUAAAGUGGUAAAGUAACCUGUUGUGUACUACAAGUAAUAUUAUAACACUGAAACGACUACUGAAUAUAUUCAAAGUGUUGCAUAAUGAUUUACAAUCUAAGUUACUAUCCAUCAAAUGUAUUGAUUCUGCUUCAAUUUUGAUUUUAGCUGUAAUGACCAUUAAAAUCAUGUAUGGUACUGUACUUGUCUUUUAUGCCUCUAAGAUGUAAUUCAAAAGAUGUUACUGAAACAGAGUUUAUAUUGUUUAUUGAAUCUAAACAAGAAAACAAAUGCAUGGGAUUAGGCUAGUUGAGCUUUAUUGGUUAUCUAAAUAAUAUAUACAUAUUGCACACUUGUAUGCAUUCAUGUGCUUAAAGGGGGCAUGCUUUUUUAUGAUAAGUUCUUGUGUUUCAAAUUGUAUUGGCACUAUCAUUUGUAACAAGUGGUUUGCACGUGUACUGCUCAUGUAAAUGUAGUAUUUGUCUACAGCAGAACAGCAGAAAACUACUUUCUGUUUUCAAUGGAAAUACAGUGACAUGCAUUUGUGGGAGGGAAGAUGUCAUUCAUCAACACAACAUCACUAAUUUGUUGAACAUAAACUCUAUUGUAUUGAUUUGUCUCUUCAAACCCUGACUCUGUUUGUAAUUUUACA